AUGGCUGCUUUUGUAUCUGGUAAUUCAACUGAUGAAAGAGUAGAUGAAAGAAUAGUGGUUGAGUUAACUCAAAUGUUGGACAAUCACAAUUCUCUUGCCAGGGCUUUCCGAAUGGCGCGAGAUUGGUGUGAAGAAAAUAAUAAUAACAAUUGUGAACUUCGUUUGUUGGGUCAGAGAACUACAAUGAGGCAAUAUAAUAAACCUACCGUAUCUGAAGUUGCAGUCUUGAUUACAAACGAAUUUGGAGAGAAUACAGAACCAAGAGAUGUUAUUGUUAGCCCAACAAGUGGUGGACUUAAAAGAAUCUCUGAACUGCAUCAACUCUAUAUGGCAUUGCAAUACCCUUUGUUGUUUCCUUACGGAGAAACUGGGUAUCAUAAUCAGAUACCAUAUCAUAGGAACAUUGGAAGGCGAAAAACAAAACGGGAAACAGUAACAAUGAGAGAAUUCUAUUGUUACAGAUAUCAUUAUAGAAAUAAUGAAGGAACUACCUUAUUGAGAGGAGGUCGAUUAUAUCAACAGUACUUGGUUGAUUCAUAUACUGCAGUUGAAGAAGAACAAUUGAGAUAUACCCGGAAUCAUCAAGCUGAAUUACGUGUAGACCUUUAUAACAAUGUAUGUGAUGCUGUGACUAAAGGAGAUACGCGAGCUGAUGCAGUUGGCAAGAGGAUAGUUUUACCUACAAGCUUUACAGGCAGCCCAAGGUAUAUGGUUCAAAAUUACCAAGAUGUUAUGGCCCUUUGUCGUGCUUUUGUAAAUCCAGAUUUAUUUAUAACAUUCACAGCAAACCCUAAAUGGCCGGAAAUAGAUAAAAUGGUAUCGUUAAUCAGUGGCCAUAAAUCACAUGAUCGUUCAGAGUCAGUCACCCGUAUUUUUAAAAUGAAAUUAGAUCUCUUGAUGGAAGAUAUUAUGCAGAAGAAGAUAUUUGGGGAGUGCAAAACAGGGAUAUACACCAUUGAAUUUCAAAAGCGUGGGCUUCCUCAUGCACAUAUCCUAAUUUGGCUUGGUCCUGAAACAAAAUGUAACACACCAGAGGAAAUAAAUGAUAUCAUAUCUGCAGAAUUACCUUUGGAAAGUGAAGACCCAGAUUUAUAUGAGGCUGUUUUAGAAUUUAUGUUACACGGUCCUUGCGGGGCUGAUUCACCAAAUGCUUCAUGCACAGAAGAUGGAAAAUGCAAAAAACACUUCCCAAGGCCAUUUUAUCAGGAGACUACUAUUGACGCAGAUGGAUACCCAGUUUAUCAACGAAGGAAUAAUAGAGUAUUUGUGCAGAAAGGUAAGACAAAACUCCACAAUGGUUUUGUUGUACCAUACAAUCGGUAUCUAUUACUCAAAUACAAAGCACACAUUAAUGUUGAAUGGUGCAACCGAUCUCGCGCAAUAAAGUAUCUGUUCAAGUAUCUUAACAAAGGUCCUGAUAGAGCAACAAUAGUCAUCCAUGAAAAUGUUGCAACUCAUGGCCAAUCCUCUGCAGAAAAUAUUCUUAUCAUUGAUGAGAUCAAGAACUAUUUGGACUGCCGAUAUUUAUCACCAUGUGAAGCAGUCUGGCGAAUGCUUGCAUUCUCCAUUCACUAUUCUUAUCCAUCAGUCAUCAGGCUCACAUUCCAUCUACCUGAACAACAUAUGAUUACCCUUCGUGAUUCAGAGAAUCUACGGAAAAAGCUAAACGAAGAAGGAAUUGAAAAAACCAUGUUCACAGAAUGGAAAGGUUGUAUUGGUCGCAUUGUUUAUUGUAACCCGGCUGCAGGUCCACGAUAUUAUCUGAGGAUUUUGUUGAGUGUUGUCAGGGGACCACAAUCUUAUAAAGACAUCAAAACUGUUAAUGGUCCGGAGUAUGCUACAUACAAAGAAGCUUGCAUUGCAUACGGACUAUUAAAUGAUGACAAAGAAUGGACGGAUUCGGGGUGUUACACGGAUGCUAUAAAUGAGGCAAAGCUCUGGGCAACGGGUUCACAGCUUCGAGACUUGUUCGUCACAAUUUUAAUGUUUUGUGAUGUACGCAGCCCGCUUGAAAUAUGGAAUGAAAAUUGGGAAACUUUAUCUGAAGAUAUUUUGUACAGAUUGAGACGACAAUUCAAGUUUCCCAAUUUACAUCUUUCUGAUGAACAAAUCAAGAAUUAUUGUUUGGUUGAAAUACAGGAAAUUUUGCAAAGAAAUGGCAAAUCAUUGGAUGAUUUCAGCGAUAUUCCAAAACCUGAUGAAACCUUACUCACAGCUAUGGAUAAUCGGUUGAUACGUGAAGAACUCAGUUAUAACCAGUCACAAGAAGCUCUGGAACAUGAACAGCUUUUCCAUAAGCUUAAUCCUGAUCAAAUGACAAUCUAUGAGAAUGUCAUUGCAUCAGUGCAUAAAGAAAGAGGCGGUUUCUAUUUUGUUUAUGGUCCAGGAGGCACAGGGAAAACAUUCCUAUAUAAAACUAUACUCUCAUGGUUGCGCUCAGAGGGAACAAUUGCACUUGCAGUUGCAUCUUCAGGGAUUGCAUCUUUGUUAUUGCCUGGAGGAAGGAUAACUCAUAGUCGGUUUGUGAUCCCAUUGGAACUCAUGGAAUAUAGUACAUGUGGGAUCAAGCAAAAAACACAUUUGGCUGCACUCAUGCAGCAAGCAAAGUUAAUCAUAUGGGAUGAGGCCCCGAUGACACAAAAAUACGCUUUUGAGGCCCUUGAUAAGACAUUGAAAGAUAUAUUAGGUUUAAACAACCCAAGAAAUAGAACACGGAUCUUUGAAGGGUUGACAGUGUUACUUGGGUGGGAUUUCAGACAAAUUUUGCCAGUCAUUCCCAAAGGGCAACGACAAGAAAUUGUCCAUUCCUGUAUUAACAAGUCUAUUUUGUGGAAGUGUUGUCAACUUUACACACUAUCCCGAAGUAUGCGUGUGAAUGAAUACUCUCCAACAGGGGAACUUGAUAGGAGAAAACAGCAAUUCAAUAAAUGGGUACUUGAUAUUGGAGACGGUGUUGUGGAGCAAAAACAAAAGAAGGAGAAGACGAACCUACUUGGGUCAACAUUCCAGGGAGAUUUCUUGUGCCAUGCUCUGCAUCUCCAAUUGAAGACAUCAUCAACGCUACAUUUCCUAACUUUGAUGAAAUGA